GGUGUGGUCUGCGCGGUGUUCUCCGGCCAAGCAACUGGGCAGUACUGUGUAGUGUACUACGUAUGGUUGCCGGCAAAAGACCAUGCAGCUUAGUGACCCAAGUAUAGCCAUCGUCGCCGUGAUUGUCGUCGAUUGUUGGCUGCUGAUUGGGUUGCAAAGCCGCUAUGUCACAUUCUAGGCUGGGCAGAGGCUGGGGUUGGACGGUACACGAACCAUGAAGCGAUUGAUAUUAAUAGACUUACCUAAGCCGCAAGGCUCGUCCAUUAUGCUGCUAUUUGAAUUAGAGCACAAGCUGUGUCCAGGUGGUAGAUCGCCAAGGCUGAUCCUGCUCACUACACUAGAGCCAGUUCGUUGUAGUGUUCCUAUUACCGAAUACCAGCCCAUCAUGCAUUUUCGCCAACCAUUUCCAAAUCAGACAGGCCACUGACGGUCAGGGCUAUCUAAUUUUCCAAAUACCCCAUUUCAGACUGUGUUGGUUGUGCGGGAGGAGCCAUUCGGCUUGUGGCGUCCAAUCUAGACUCAUUCAUCUUGGGUUUACCAAGAGUUCAGACUUGAGACAGUCAGCAUGGCUGAGAGUUGGUAAGGGGCACGAUAUAGCUUCAAAUGUGUAUAUAAACACUCGUCCGGCCGACUUGAUGAUGUUGUUUUACCACCCAUCACCGCAUUCUACUUUCCUCUUCAGUCUUCUUCGUUUCUCAUUCACUUUCUCUUAAUUCGCCUGUACAUUUCAGCGUUAUUCAUAAUGAAGUUCCUUGCUAUCGUCGCUUCUCUCGCCGCCAUGGCCGAGGCCGCCUGCGCGCACCCUCACAAGCCUCACUACCGCACCACCAAGAUGUUCGGUGUCGAGGUUAUUGACACUGACAUCGUCCGCGAUGCCCGAGCUACUAUCCGCAAUUUCGAUGGUUUCUUGUACAAGCACUCCAUGCGAACAUGGCUCUUCGGUGCUGCCGCUCUCAAUGCCAACCAGACAUUGAAGGACUCGGUCGAUGUCGAGCUUCACGCCGUUUCCACUAUCCUCCAUGACUUGGGCUGGGAUAUGACCCCUGGCUCCCCUUGGAUCUCACCUGACAAGCGCUUCGAGAUCGAUGGUGCCCUCGGUGCCGUCAAGUUCGUCAAGGGACACAAGGAUGCCAAGAAGUGGGACGAGUACCGUCUUGAGAAGCUCCACGACGGUAUCGCCCUACACGGCUCUCCUGGUCUUGCUGCUGGCAAGAACAAGGACGUUGCCAACAUCUUGUCCAGCAUCGCCUACGACAACCCCGGCUCGCGCAACCCCGCCAUCCCUGAGAAGGAUUACAACGCUAUCCUCAAGGGUCUCCCCGCUGAUGACAUUGGAUACGGUACCAACCUUACCUGGGUCUGGCUCGCUGAGACCAAGCCCGAGGCUACCUACAACACCAUUGUCGAGCCCUUCGGAACUGCUUUCGUGCCCGGCUACAGCGCCAUCGGCCACCGUGUCUUUGAUCUCAUCAACCCUGGCUUCUCUUCCCAGGCUUAGAUUGGUGCAAAGCACGAAUGGUGAAUGCGGACUCAUAAAGGGAUUAUUUUGCGGAGAUGGUCGGUUCCGAGCAAGAGGUGUGGCAUUUGACGCUCAAUGCUGAAUCAACCCCUCCUACUUUCGCGUACUAUAUUUUAUAAUUUUUUAACUGCAUAUUGAAUAGAGAGGGAUUUCCCCAGA